CUUUCCAGUACGCGGCUCGUGUGCACGACGUAAACACGGCUCUCAUGGCAAUUAGAAUGGAAUGAUAUACGCGGAGAAGCCAUAAUAAUCAGUCUGCUUCUCUCCGAUCAUCAUGUACGGUUUUGUGAAUUACGCCCUCGAGCUGCUGGUUGUGAAGACCUUUGACAGCGAGACAUGGGAGGCGAUAAAGAAAGAUGCCGCGGUCAAUAUGGAAGGACAGUUUUUGGUUCGCCAAAUAUACGACGAUGAAAUUACAUACAAUAUUAUAUCGGCAGCUGUCAAUCGGCUCAAUAUCCCGGCGAACGAGAUACUCGAGCUAUUCGGCCGGAUGUUCUUCGAGUUCUGUCAGGAUUCCGGCUACGACAAGAUCCUCCAGGUGCUCGGGGCGACGCCCAGAGAUUUUUUGCAGAAUCUGGACGCCCUUCACGAUCAUUUAGGCACUCUGUAUCCAGGAAUGAGGGCGCCCUCCUUCCGGUGCACCGAACGUCCUGAGGAUGGAGCGCUUAUAUUACAUUAUUACUCCGAUCGACCUGGUUUGGAGCACAUUGUGAUUGGCAUCGUCAAGACCGUGGCGAAAAAGCUUCAUGGCACGGACGUAGAGAUGCGGAUACUCAAAACGAAAAACGAAUGCGAUCACGUGCAGUUCUUGAUUACCAACACAUCCGGUCCUGGGGUCGUUUCGGAUCCUAUGAUUGCGGAAUUGGAGACUUUAUCUAUUGAGCCAAAAGUGAGUCCCAUGACGUUCUGCCAAGUAUUCCCGUUCCAUCUGAUGUUUAACCGAGAUCUCACGAUAGUUCAAACCGGUUGCACUAUAACCCGAGUUAUACCUCAAGUGUGUUCUGGUAAUUGCAAGUUGAACGACAUCCUACUAACUGUCAGACCGCAUUUAGAGUUGACGUUUGAGAACAUAUUGUCGCAUAUAAACACUGUAUACGUGUUACGAACGAAGAAGGGUGUGAUGCAGGUGGAAGCAUCGGAGGAGUACUCGUACCUACGCUUGAAAGGGCAAAUGUUAUACAUCCCCGAGUCGGACCUAGUCACCUUCCUCUGUUAUCCCAGCGUCAUGAACUUGGACGAUUUAACCAGGCGAGGAUUGUACCUGAGCGACAUUCCUCUUCACGACGCCACCAGAGAUCUCGUGCUGAUGUCGGAGCAAUUCGAGGCUGAUUACAAAUUAACGAGGAACUUGGAAUUGCUUACCGAUAAAUUGCAACAGACGUAUCGCGAGCUCGACGGCGAGAAGCAGAAAACCGACAGGUUGUUGUACUCGGUGCUGCCUAUAUCCGUGGCAAACGAACUCAGGCACUCGAGGCCAGUUCCAGCGAAAAAAUAUGACUGCGUGACCCUUUUGUUCUCUGGCAUCGUCGGUUUCGGGGCCUACUGCGCCGCUCACACGGACUCUAGUGGCGCGAUGAAAAUCGUCAAUAUGCUCAAUCAGCUGUACACCGCCUUCGACGUGCUCACCGAUCCAAAGAAGAAUCCGAACGUGUACAAGGUCGAAACUGUUGGUGACAAAUACAUGGCCGUGAGCGGAUUACCGGAACCAUGUCGUUGCCAUGCACGCUGCAUCGCGCGGCUCGCGUUGGAUAUGAUGGAUCUCGCUGCAGACGAAGUGCAGAUCGAUGGUGAACCCGUCAAAAUUACCAUCGGGAUUCAUAGCGGAGAGGUCGUGACCGGGGUGAUUGGACAUCGUAUGCCACGUUAUUGCCUGUUUGGAAAUACGGUGAAUCUUACCAGUCGAACAGAGACCACCGGAGAGCCAGGGAAAAUAAAUGUCUCUGAAGAUGCGUACAGGUAUCUUUGUAUGCCCGAGAAUCAGGACCCACAAUUUUUGCUAGAGUAUAGAGGCCCCGUGAUUAUGAAAGGAAAAUCCGAGCCGAUGAACGUUUGGUUCUUGUCCAGGGAGAGAGAGUUGUCUGCCUAAACUCGCAACUUUCAAUCAUGUAGCAAUACUUUCGCCAAGUCUUUGUUCAUUUAUCGUAUUGUGUAAGAAGAUAAUCAGAUGUUCCACACAAGAAUGCUGAUCGAGUGUCUAACAAAAUGUACACUAUUUUAGUUCUAGGAAAAUUUCUACUCGACUCAAUUCUUAAUUAUUCAAUACUUAAUUUCCAUUAAAAUCGUAUUAAGAUAGGUAACAAAAUUUGCGGAUAUGUGAAAAUUAUGAUGGAUGAAUCACCUAAGUAAAAGUAAUAGCUUCGUUUUAAUGAGAGUUGAGAGAGGAAGUUUCCAUAAAAUAUUUAACCGGAUCAAAUGAAAUUGAACACUUUUUGUUUCUGAAUAUUGAUUCGUUAGAUAACAGCACGACGUUUAUCAUGCUACAAUCACUUUCGUUACAAGCACUUCAGAGUGUAAUAAAAUUGGACACUGUCCAGAAAUCUUUCUAGGCUUGAAUCGUAUCUUAUUUCGAUAUUUUCUGUCAUUUAAAUGUUAGUUAAACAUACAUUACGUUAAUGUGCAACGUCCAUAAAAUCAAUAAUCGCGAUCAAUCUUCGAAGAAACGACCAAUGUUUAUCAAUUGUAACAGUAAGACGCAAUCAAAUAUAAAUGUCGCCGACAACCAAUAGUCAGGUCA